UUUGUUGUGACAAAACUACUGUUAUUCUCGUGUGUGAUAAACUCAUAUGUUACUCGAAACAUAAGUAAAUGCAAACUAAAAAAGAAUUGUUCUGUGUUUGCGAUUGGAAAAAAUAUAUUUUUUGUCUUUCAUACGACUUACAGAACUUGUUAAAAUCGAGUCGAAUCGGUCGCCAAAAUCGGUUCGCUUUUCUGCCGAAUUUUAGAGAACAGAUUGUCCCAGUUCUUAUGGGACGAUUCGAGGUUGAACAUCAAGAACAAUUGUAAUGACGCAUUAAUGCAUCACAUACAUUUAGCGAGAAAGUGGGGACUUCGUGGGUUUAAUGUUAGUCAAGUGUCAUACUGUGAUACUGUGACAAGUCAGUAGUUGAACGGAACAAAUUCUUGAAGUUGGCAAAAAAUAUCUCUUUCGGAUCCGAUUAUUGAACUGAUUACAAUACGUUUACAAACGGAAAAAGAGUGCAAUAAAGUGAGACGUGAAAAAUGCCUGAAGAGACCACUACUGCUGCAUCGAGUUUUUUCACAAGAUUGAAGGGAUAUCUUAAGAAAGCACCGUUUUUUUGCAAAAUUGUCGAAUUAAUUCUUUGCGUCAUUGCAACGGGUUUGGUGGCAGGACCGUUUCAACAGAAUCACAUACGUACGGAUGAUAUCCAUCAUAUAGCGUUAUUUCAUGUGGCAGUAUGCGGGUAUAUUCUUAUAAACGCGAUUCUUAUAAUGAGCCAUUUAUUGGACGAACAAAUUCCGAAAAAAACGGCUCUUAUGUUUACGACGAUGGGAGCGAUUCUGUGUUGCACUGCUGGCCUCGUUCUUAUUCGCGACUGGGACAAUUUGUCGACUAAUUUAAUUCACGCAUAUCUGGAAGAAUACAGCAAUCAAACAGUAGCGGCCGGUUCUUUCGCAAUCUUGGCAGCUCUGGUAUUCGCCAUAGAUGCAUAUCUUACCAACAAAUACGAGUGAUAACACAUCCAAUUUUAAUCACUGUCUCGCUAUCGCUAUAAAGUAAA